UUUGCUUGUGUCACAGUGUUUCUAUAAAAUAUUUUUGUGGAACAGAAAAAAAUAGAAUAGCGGUGCAUAACUUUUCAAUAGAGGUUGAACUGUAAUUAAACAUCUAUAGCAGAUAUGCCAAGUCAAAAAAAGAAAAGGGGCACAAAACCAGACACUAAGCCAACUCAGUCAAUACCGGUCUUAGUCAAAUCAGAGCCACUGGACAUAAAACCACUGAGCGCAUUCGUAGACGAACGCGUAAAAUUGAUUCGCCAAGCGUUCAUGUGUCUCAAACCAAAGGAAGUUAAAGCGCUAGUUCCUGAUUUUAUGUCAGGUAAAUCAAUCGAAUCAAUCCAGGAACAAUGUUUAGAUGAACUGCUCGGAAUAUCGAAAAAGCGGUUGCUCUCAAUUAUAAAUAGCACAAAGUGCCCGACAGACACAGAAUCAUCGUCGGAUGAAGAUGCUCAGCCUCAGACAGAACAUAUUUCUCUUGAUGAAAUAUCAUCUGAUUCGGAGGUAGAAAUUAGUCAGCCGGCAAAGAACGUCAAAUCAAAAGAAUCCAAGAAAAGAAAAAAUAAGGAGAAAGAGUCCAAUGUUACCGAAACUGUUGAAAAAAAUGGAAACAAAAAAAAUGAGAAAGAAAUGACCGUUCUGGAAAUACUGGAACUGCAGGCUCGGGCCAGAGCCAUCCGAUCACAAUUAGCGCUUGAACCUGUUACGAAAAUUGAGCUUGACUCUGACCAAGAACACGUUUCUGGAACAGAGGCAGAAAUGCCUAAAAACUCAAAGUCUGCUCAAAGGAUAGCUACCAUGAAUACCGACGCCCGUACUAUAGAACAACCUCCUCCGACGAGCGAGCAACCGAAACGCGUUCGUUUGAAACGUAAUUUCCGAAUUCGACAGGUUGGUGAUGAAGAUGCACCCGAACAAAUAACACCAGAACCGCAAAAAAGCAACGCAUCUGAUGGUAGAAGGAAAUCUAAGAGCGCAUCGCCCGAAAAAGAAGCUGAACCUAAGGUAGUUGAAUUAGGUGAUUCUGCAACUGAGAAAGAAAACAAGUUAAGCAAAUCGAAGAGUAGAGAUAGUUCCCCGGAAGUCAUUCCUUUAAUUCCGAGUCCGGAAACACUUCUUAUUUCCUCAGAUUCUGAGGAGGAAAAAACCAAUAAAAAAAGGUUAUCCAUUUUUGUCGACAAUGUUGAAGAGCUUGACAAGGAAAGACAGAAAAGUAAGUUGAACGAAACACAAAAACAAACUUCAAAACCUACUGAAAAUGAAGAACCCGAGGAAGGGGAAAUUUCUGCAGAUGAGCAACCCUCUAUUAGUAAGCAAGAUUCUGUGGAGAACACUAUAUCCGAAACCGCGCGUCAAAAUGAAACAGGUAACAAUGAUGACACCAUUGUAACGACUUCACUCGGACAAAUGGAAGAAGAGCUUGAUUACGAGAUCAAAGAAGUUUCUGAUUCUGAGCCAGAAUCGAAUGCACAAGGUAAUGACUCAUCCAAAACGUUCGAAGAUGCUGAUCAAAGUAAAUCAGAAGUGAAUACCACUAAGACCUCCUCUGCUGACGGAAAAGAUUGUGACAGUGAUAAUGAUACGACUAGCACCAGUAAUAGUGAAUCCGAAUCUACUCACGAAGAAGAGGAUGAUCCCGACAUUGUUGAAAUACACGACUCUAGUGAUGAGACACUUUUGGAUCAAAAGAUGGCAGAAGAUGGACCAGAAAAAUCGUGGAAUUCUCGUUGGCUAGAAAGCCACAAAGUGGCUAAGGUUAUGGCAGCGUCUCGCCUGGGUAAUAAAGUACGCGAUAAAUUGAAACGAAAUAAAAAAAAGGAGCAAGAAAAAAAUAAAGCUAUCGAGAAUCCUCCGCCGGAACCAGAACGUCCACCAACAGUGUCCAAUGCAGUGGUUGGAUCUGUGGAGCAUUACAAUGAGCUUAUCAGCACUUCCACAGACGAGCGUGCUCCAACCGUAACAGCGGAUGAAUUAGUCGAUAAUAAAUAAUCUCACGUGAAUGAAAAAUUUGUAAUGCUAUGUUAGUACUGAUUGUCGAUUCAGUCUACGAUUAGGUUUUCUAGCAAUCUGUGUUACUUGCUUUUCUUCUUAUGCAGGUUUAAUUGUCAACUGUUGAUGUAAAAAGGAAUCCUCUUCUGUACUGUAAAGUUUUUUAAUAUGAAUAAGAAAAUUCAGUCGCAACUAUUGUAA